AUAAUUAUUAGGAGGUGAUGAUGAGAAGAUAAAAAAAUAAAAAACAUUCAAGCAAAGAAAAAAACAAAAAUAUAUAGAAAAUGAUAUCACUAAAUCCUUUCAUUAUUGCCCAUCGCACACCUCAAGCACGUGUCAUUGCAUCUAUAAGUAACUCGUUCUUACCCACCUUUGCCAUCAAGAAUACGUGUGUCAAAGGUCUUAAGCUUUUCUUCCUCGUCUCUCUUCUGCAGAAGAACAUGAAAGGAGAAGAUCUGCUUCUAUGUAACUUGAGAUCUGAACCAAAAUGGGGACAGCUACUUGCUUGGAUUUACUGGUUGCCAUAAUUCUUCCUCCUCUUGGUGUCUUCCUCAAGUUUGGCUGCAAGGUGGAGUUUUGGCUCUGCCUUUUGCUGACCAUCCUCGGCUACAUCCCCGGGAUCAUCUAUGCCGUCUAUGCCAUCACCAAAUAAUUCAUUUCUGACGGGGAAAAGAAGGAAGAAAUAUGUACUAGAUGAAGAUGUUCCUUUUACUGGUGGUAGAAGUGAGGUUUAAACUGAUGUUAAUUGAAGUAGCAGCGGUGGAGAUGGUGGAGCAGAGUGAGUGUUUCUGUACUCUCCUCUUCUCUGCUGUAUGAUGGUGCUGCAAUUGUUCGUUUAUAGUAAAGAAAGCACAAAGUUUCGGAAAGAGAAAGAAGAAAGCAUUCUCGGUCUGUAAGGCUCUUCUCUCCCACAAUUUGUUGUUGAGCUACUCUCUCUCUCUCUGAAGCUUCAAAAUAGUAGACCACGGUUUUUGGCUAUAAAAUCUCACCAUGGUCCUCGAGAGCAUCCACGGGGAAUUGUUAUUACAACCUGUGGACCUUCUGCUCUCCUUCCUAAGAUGCAGACUUAUAUUUUGUUUCAUCUUUGCUCUAAGCACAGACAGAUCCACAACAGUGAGGUGAGGACAUACAUACGAAGGUGCAUUAGAAGUGGCACAAGUGCAUCCUCACU